CCCUACUAUUCUUUUACACCCACAAAUGACUGGCCAACAACAAAGCCAUAUAACGUCUGAUCAAUUUACAAAGCUUGUUUUUGGAUUGUUGUAGAUCUACAAGGAAGAGAUUAAAGAUGAUCCAAGAACUGUUGGGAGGUGCAAGCCUUAAUAUAGCUGGAGAGAGGAAAAUCUCAACUAAUGGGGGAGUUUUACAAGCCAUACCUUCUUCUUCAAUAUCUCCUGCAGUACUGCCCUCUUCUUCUUCCUCCUCAACAACGAGUACUACUACUGCUACGACCACUACAACAACCUCGAAUUCAGAUAACCAAAACUUGAGGUGUCCACGAUGUGAUUCAUCCAACACAAAGUUUUGUUACUAUAACAACUACAACCUCACUCAGCCUCGCCACUUCUGCAAGACAUGUCGCCGGUAUUGGACAAAAGGAGGUGCACUCAGGAAUGUUCCAAUUGGAGGUGGAUGCCGAAAGAGCAAGAGUCCUACUAUCUCAACAUCUGUUGGAAAAUCAAGCUCUGGCAGGAUGAAGAGCAUCUCUUCUGAGAUUGGAAGAUCAGGCCUGGGAUGUGGGUUUGAUCCUGAGCUCUCAACGGGCCCAAUUCUGUGGGGUUCGCCUCAGAAUUCUCAUCUCUUGGCCUUACUGAGAUCUACUCAAAACCCUAACCCUAAUCCUUUUUCUAAUUCUGUUAAUGUAAAGGAGGAGGGAAAUAUGAUUGGAUCACACAUGAUGACUGAACCAGCAGUCACAGCAGGUGGAUUAAAUGCUCGGACCCUGGGCUUGGAUCCUCUUGGCCAGGUCCCUUCUCUUGGUCUAUGUGGCUCUUUCUGGAGAAAUAAUCAACAUCAAGCUCAACAGCAAAAUGGCCUAGUAAUUGGUGAAGUUCAAAACAGUGGGAUUCAAGAACUGUAUCAGAGGCUUAGAUCAUCAACUAAUUACUAUGCUGAUCACUCAUCAGUAGUCCUGGGCAACGUGGCUUCUUCAUCUAAUUCAUCUUCCUCAUCCAUUUUGGAGUCAGCUUCGCUUGCUGGGGGUGAAUUGGGGUACUGGAAUCCUACCUUUUCUUGGUCUGAUCUCCCAACAACAAAUGGUGCAUAUCCUUGAAAAUCUUUCCUAGCUUUUUCUCUCUUUUUUACUUUUUUUUCCGUUCAUAUGCUAGGACUAGCUAGCUGCCUCUGGUGCACCUGUGCUUGUUUGGAUUGUGGAAUAUUAAAGUACGUGACUGUAGCAUCAAUCUUUAUCUUUAUCUGUUUUUUUUUUUUUUCCUUUUUUGCCGUGUGUGUGCUUUCAGGUGUGUUUAACUUAUGAGACUGUACCAAUGACCAAGAAGAUUAAUAUGGAAAAUGUUAGGUGUUUCGCAAUACUU